AUGCUCGCGGCCUACAGAACUGCAAUCCUCGGUGAUAGUGUUCUUCCAGCCCUCAGUUUAAACGAGAACGAGCUAUCCCGGAUGUCCUAUGACUUGUCGUACCUCUUUGGCGCAGAAAUGCUUGACAGGUAUUUGACCAGGCUGCUCUUUGAGUGGGCUGACCACCCUUCUGGUCACGCUGUCCUCGACGCUGUCGUCUCUCCGCGCACCAUUAUGACAAUGUCGGAGCUGUUUCGUGCCGCCGAUUUAUCCCGUCCCGCCUCAGCCUAUCCCGUGGCUCGUGCUGCAAAGCCGAGGAAGGUCAUCAUGCACGUUGGACCCACAAACAGUGGAAAAACCCACAACGCUCUCAGAGCUUUGGCAGGGGCUCAGAGUGGUGUAUAUGCAGGACCUCUACGUCUGUUGGCUCACGAGAUUUGGGAGCGUCUCAAUAAAGGCCAGAUCGUGCCCUUGGGCGUCGAAAUGGAUGCCCACACAGAACCCGACACUCGGACCAAUUUCGACGUUGGGGGCCCUGCCAUUAGGAAGGAAGCUUCGCCGCAAUACGCUCGAGCAUGCAACUUGCUUACUGGCGAAGAACAAAAAAUCGUUAUGGAAAGCGGAGCACUACUCAGCUGCACUGUGGAAAUGGUGUCUGUUAACGCCGAAUACGACGUCGCCGUUGUGGACGAAAUACAAAUGCUCGCAGACCCGGACCGAGGUGGUGCGUGGAGUAAUGCCGUACUAGGAAUCUCAGCAAGAGAGCUACAUCUAUGUGGAGAGGAGACUGCCGUCCCUCUCGUAGAGGCUAUGCUUCGGGACACCGGAGAUGAGCUCAUCGUGAACCGAUAUCGGCGUCUUACCCCUUUGCAGGCGGCGGACGAGGGUCUAAAGAAUGAUCUAAACCUUGUGCAAAAGGGAGACUGUGUAGUGUGCUUCUCGCGCACCAAGAUAUUUACCUAUAAGAAACGAAUCGAGGAGGCAACCGGGAUGCGCUGUGCGGUUGCAUAUGGGCGAUUACCUCCUGAGAUUCGCAGCGAGCAAGCGGCUCUAUUCAACGAUCCCGACAGCGGUUAUGACAUCCUGGUCGCCAGCGAUGCCGUUGGCAUGGGCUUGAACUUAAAAAUCAAACGCAUCAUUUUCGACACUGUCCGUAAAUAUGACGGUAAUAGACUAGUACUUCUCUCAACAUCGCAGAUCAAACAGAUUGCUGGCCGUGCAGGGCGAUACGGACUUCAUGGAAAAGAUGAAGCAGGAGGAAUUGUGACCGCUAUGCAAGAUGCUGAUUUACCAGAUAUUCGCCGUGCUUUGGCGGCUCCCAUGCAGCCCCUCAGAUAUGCUCGAGUGCAGCUGCUAUCUCAGUCAAUUCGGUAUGUCAUGAACACCUUACCACCAGGAGUGUCUCUCCAAAUAGCAGUGGACGUCUACCAUUACGUGGCAAAGCUACACCCUUCCUAUGAGAUUCCGGAUACUCGAGAUUUAGAGAAUCGAAUUUCGCUUAUCGAUCCCAUCGGAAAGAAUAACUCGUUCAACGAACGGAUGCUGCUGCACAUGGCGCCUGUACCUCAGCGUGAUCCUCUUGCCCAGGACGUCUUACGCUGCAUUGUACGGACGUAUAAUUCCUCAAUGCGUGUCAGUUUGCGAAAGGCCUUCCAGGAAGCUGGCGUAUGGGACCAAUAUCAAGACAUCCUCACAGCAUUAAGGGAGUCGAAAAUACAAGGCGAUAAAUCGGUUAUGUUGGGAGUACUCGAAACGGUGCACAAGGUGAUAGUGAUGUAUUUAUGGCUGAGCUAUCGCCAGGGCGUCGCGUUUCCUGACCAGGAAGAUGCGUUUCUCUUGAAGGAAGAAACGGAGGCUGCUAUGGAUACCCUGUUGCAAGCCCUAACACCGUCGUCAGUGGGAAAGAGACACACGCGAGCUCGGAGAGAUGACGGACUGUCGUACAAGUCCCUCAAGGAGUUCAAACAGGAAUUAUAUCAUAAAAAGUCAGAAAAGCAUAUCAACAGUGUGCAAAGUCUCGAGGCGUCCACCACAGCUCAAUAG